AGGAAGAGGAAGUAAGUUUUUAUAACCUGGUAGUAGCGUUGUUGUGUUUGUGGACUGAGCUGGAGGACGACUGUGUUCUGUCCCAGACAAAUAUUUGAGCUGUUGAACUAACAAUGUCCUCAGCUGAGAAUUUGAGAGACUUGAUCAUCGAGCCACUAACUGUUUCUCCUGAAGAAAUAUUCGGACUCUUUGAAAGAACUGUCGUCCAGUCCGAGGAAGAGAUAGAUCGUCAGCGCAGACUGCUGGAUAUCACCUGGAAACCCGAGAUAAAGUUACACAGAAUAGACCUCCCACCUCAACAUGUCAGCACAGAGGAGGAGGUUCUCACUGGGCAGCAGCUCUAUAACCAGGAGAGGAACUCCAGUCUGGACCAAGAGGAUCCAGAACCUCCACAGAUUAAAGAGGAACAUGAGGAACCAGAGCAUCCACAGAUUAAAAAGGAACAAGAGGAACCAGAACCUCCACAGAUUAAAGAGGAAGAAGAGGAACCAGAACCUCUGCAGAUAAAAAAGGAACAGGAAGAACCAGAACCUCUACAAAUGAAAGAGGAACAGGGGGAACCAGAACCACCACAGAUGAAAGAGGAACAGCAGGAACCAGAACCUAUACAGAUAAAAAAGGAACAGGAAGAACCCGAACCUCCACAGAUUAAAGAGGAACAGGAGGAACUCUGCAGCAUUCAGUGGGAAGAACAUCUUGUACUGAACCAGGAGACUGAUUCCUUUGUGGAGACUCCUACUGAUGAGGACAGUGAGCACAGUGAACCAGAACCAAACAGUAACCAGUUCCUCUCUUGGAAGUCUGAAUCCAAACAGCUGAAUCCAAAGCAGAGUCGUCACAGAAACACAAGUCACAGUAACAAUGUAGACAACUCUCCCAUGUCAGAGAGUCAGUAUGAUACUGGUAAAAAGUCUGAUUCAGAUUACCCGGAUCCAUACUCCAUUUCAGUAGGUGGCGGUAAUGCAGUAGUACUCGAGAUGAAGAAGUUUGUUUUUAAAACGUGUUAG